GAGGUUGGCCCAAGAGAGAACAGCACGCGUGGGGACGAGGCGGGUUGGCGGCUGCCCCACCCACCACCCUCCUGAUGGUGGCCGUGGCUGGCCCCAUAGCGUGCCUGGCCCCGGCCGGCCAUGGACAUGUUUAGCCUUCAGCUGGAGAGCGAGUGGGUGGGAGGAAGCUGUGGCGGCGGCGGGUCCGUGUCCGUGGUGACAACGGUCUGGGGUGUGACGAGUUCCACGACGCAGACCACAGCCACGCCUACCCCCUCAACCCCCAACUGCACCACCAUGCCCGCGCAACCCUUCAACCCCCACUCCAAGUCCUUCAGUAGCAUGGUCAACUACCCCACCAAGCCCAACGGGUGGUGGGGGUCGCAAUCUGAUUCUGUCCAGUGUAAGACAGACCAAAAGCCUUACGAAGACCACUGCAACGCUAACGGUGGUUACACGAACAGCCCGGGCCCUGCCAUGUCAGGCAACACGGGCAUGGCCGGGCCGGGGGGCAUGACGGGCCCCGGCACGAUGGGCGGCAGCGGCGCAGGGGACGCCCUCAACACGGCGGCCAUGGUAGCGGCGGCCACGGCCACGGCCACCGCCACCGCCGUCGCUCUCCGGCCGGAGAGACCGGAGAUGCAGGGCCAGUACAACAGCCAGAUGGCCAACAUGACGGCUGGGUACUCAGGCCCUGGUCCAGGUUUUCCCAUGCAACGCCCAUCCACGCCCAACAUGAACAUGAACAACCCCAUGAAUGGCAUGAAUAACAUGAUGAACAACAUGAUCAAUAACAUGGGAGGCAACAUGAUGAACAGCGUUCCCAUGAACAAUAUGCAAAGUAUGGGGCCCGGCAUGGGCAAGUGCAUGAACAUGCAGCAGCAGCAGAUGAUGUACCAGCGUGGAAUGGGUCCAGGGACUGGGCCUGGAGGGGGCCGGACAGGGCCUUACCCCAAUCCUGCCAUGUUCAUGGCCCAAAAACGAGCAGCUGCUCAGGGCCAGUUCUCUCAGCCACCCAUGAGCCAGAUGGCCCAGAUGAAUCCCCAGAUGGGCAUGGGCGGCAUCCGUGGAGGCAGCGGCUAUCCAGUCCAGCAGCCGCUGCCCUCACAAUUUCCUCCGGGCCAGGGCAUGAGGCCCAAUAUGCGGCCAGGAGGGCCCUGUGGCCCCGGGGGUCCACCCUUUAACCAGGGACAAUUCUACAACCAACAGUACAACAACUUACAGUACAACGAGAUGGGGCCAAUGGGACCCAUGAAUGGCAUGAAUAUGAAUGGGAUGAGCAAUAUGAGUGCGAUGAAUAGCAUGAGUGGGACCAUGGGCAGUGGCAUGACCAGUAUGGGGCCACAAAUGUCCAUGCCCAUGUCCACCAUGAGUUCUGGCAGCAUGGCCCCGGGGGGCAACACUGGCAUGAACUCGGCCAUGAAUUCGGGCAUGAACAGUAUGAAUACUGGUAUGAACAGUGCAGGGAUGAAUACCAUGAACACUACUGGAAUGAACAGUAUGAACAGUGGUAUGAACAGUGUAAUGAACAGUGGCAUGACCAGUGGAAUGAACAGUGCUAUGUCCAUGACCAAUCAAAUGAGCAGCAGUGCAGGGAGCAACAUGACCUCUGGCAUGAGCAACAUGAACAACGGAAUGAACAACAUGUCCAGGAACAUGAAUGCAGCCCCAGGAUCAGCCAAUGUUGGCAAUGUUGGUGGCAACUACCAGCACUCACCCAUCCCAGGCAAUCCCACGCCACCCCUCACCCCAUACAUGAGUCCCCCCUAUGGCAACCAGCCUGAUGUCAAGCCAGACCUCUCGGAACUUAAGCCUCUCAUGCUCCAAAAAGAUGAUGAGCUGCGGCUUACCUUCCCAGUGAGGGACGGCAUUGUGCUGCAGCCCUUCAGAUUGGAACACAACCUGGCAGUGUCCAAUCAUGUCUUCCACCUCAAACCCACCGUAUAUCAAACCCUUAUGUUUAGAUCAGAUUUAGAGUUGCAGUUAAAGUGUUUCCACCACGAAGACAGACAGAUGAACACCAACUGGCCGGCGAGUGUCCAGGUGUCCGUCAACGCCACACCUCUCAGCAUUGACCGGGGGGAGCAGAAGACGUCGCACAAACCUCUGUACAUCAAAGCCGUGUGCCAGCCAGGAAGAAACACGAUCCAGAUCACUGUUACUGCUUGCUGUUGUUCCCAUCUCUUCGUUCUGCAAUUGGUGCACAGACCCAGUGUGAGAUCUGUGCUCCAGGGCUUGUUACGGAAAAGGAUGUUGCCUGCUGAACACUGUGUUACCAAGAUCAAGAGGAAUUUCAACUCUGUAGCAGCUUCAAAUGGUUCCCUAAAUAAUUCUGAAGGGGAUGGAGUGGAGCAGACAGCCAUCAAGAUAUCCUUGAAGUGUCCCAUCACUUUCAAGAAAAUCACAUUGCCAGCCAGAGGUCACGACUGUAAGCAUAUACAGUGUUUUGACCUUGAGUCGUACCUCCAAAUGAACUGUGAAAGAGGCUCCUGGCGAUGUCCUGUCUGCAACAAAACAGCCUACCUGGAAGGGCUGGAGGUGGACCAAUACAUCUGGGGCAUCAUCACCACUCUUGCCAACUCCCCAGUGGAUGAGGUCACCAUGGACUCCUCAGCCUCAUGGAGAGCAUCCAACUCCUCGGGGAUGCCAGGCACACCAGGAGUCAAGGAUGAGGACUCGGACACCUGCAUGAAGAGAUGGAACAAGGCCAUGUCCCCCGGCAGCAUGACCUUGCCCACCAUGAGCAGCAUUGACAUGGGACAGUCCAUGAGCCCCUAUGUGCCUCCUGACAUGAACAGUGAGUGUGAUGCUGCUGAUGAUGAUCUUAACCCUCUCGCGCACCGCAUCAACAACGGCUCCAUGAUGAACAUGAUGAACAUGGGCAAUGGCAGUGGCAGUUCUGGCAUAUCCAGGUCCUCAUCACAGUAUGACCUGAGCUCUCCUGACUUCACAAGAGGUGGUGGACCACUCUCACAGCUCAGUGAGUCCGUCAACAAGAUGGAUCCUCUCGGGGCCAUGGAGAAGUCCGUCAAAGAGCAAAUGGUCCCCCAGAUGGGUCCACCUCCACCCUCCACCUCUGCCACUACCUCCAACUCCACCCUAGCCACACAGACACUCUCAUCCACCACCACCACCACCACCUCCUCCUCGCAGUCUCUGUGUUCCACCUCCACCACCACCACCACCACCACUCCCUCAACCCCCACGUCAGCCACACAGCAAACGAGUGUGAGCAGUGGGCCAGGGAUGCCACACACCCCACACACCCCUCACACACCCCACACACCACAUACCCCAGGGGGGGUGGGAGGCCCCCCAAGUGUUCCUUCAGCAGGGACCUGCAGCAGCACCUGCAACACCACCACCAGUAACAACAACAGUAGUAGCAACAGUAGCAACACCAGCACCACCACCAUCAGCAGCACCAUUGCCAACACCACCACCACCACCACCACCGAGGCCCACAACACUUGUAAUGAGAUGAACGACCUGCCCACCCUCAGCUUUGACCCCCUGGAUGGUGACGGCACGGGGCAGGACGGCCUGGACGUCAGUGUCUUCAACAGUGGAGUGGACCCCAUGGACCCACUAGAGCUGUUAUCAUACCUAGAACAGCCGGACUAUAACACCCCUCCUUCUUCAGGCGCCUCCUCACAGGGGCAAGGUGCUGGCAACACCCCUGCUGGGGCUGGUCUCUCCUCAGCUCCAGACACAGACGACAUAUUGGCGCUGUUUGACUGAGUGAAGGGUUGUGAAAACCCUUAGUGUUAUUAAGGGAAGAAUUCAGGUGCUCGGAAACUUUGUUAAAUGUGUUUGUGAUUCAGGUACAGAACUGCAUCCAGGCAGUGGACUGAAGACAACCUUUAACUCUUUUUCUACAUAGAAACAUGGAAGAACUGUGAUAUUCAAAAUUAGAUUUGAGAAAAACAUUUUGUGCAUUUGCAAUUAUCUCAAUCAACUUGUGCUUCACAGUCUUCAUUUAAGAGAAAACUGUUAGUGAAAAAGACAGUGGAAGAGUGAGACUGAAGGUACAUGUUUGAUGUGGUGUGUAAAGCACAGUUUGACAACGCACAGCUGGACUGGGAACCUCAGCAUCAAGGAAGCACAUGGACACUCGUGCGUGCACACACAAGCACACACAUGCGCUCUCACACACACACACACACACACACACACACACACACACACACACACACACACACAC